CGUAAAUCCUUCUACUUUUGUGAAGUUUUGCUGCAGCAAAUGAAGGGUCAUGUGACACAGAAGCCUUGUCAGGGUUUGUCGCUCCGUGUUUUCCCCACUCAGCUCUGGUUCUUCGCGCUGGACACACAGGAGCCAGAAUGCUGCUUUUGGUAAUUAUUACAGGACUUGUGGCUUUUGCCUCCUGCAGACCAUGUGAUGUUGAUGGAUCCAACCUCGAGCUGAUCCUGUCGCUCAACAAGAAUCUCCUUCGCUCUCUGGAAAGUCCGGAAGAACUUCCUAAUCCCAGUGUCCACCUGGCCCUUCGACUGUCUCAUCACCACAACCUGGCCAAGGAGACAGAGCACCUCAACAGAUUAAAAACUGAACUGCACGAUAACAUUCAAACGUCGCUCACAAACGGCCAGGCUGUGACUGGCCUCAUGGCGCUGUAUGGUCUGGCCCUGAAGUCCUCCUGCUAUGACCUCAACACCAUCACCUUCGAUGUGAACGACAAGAAGGAGACGUUGCUGACACACCUUAAGAAGCAGAUGGAGCAGGAGAAAGAACACAUCGCUUUCAGCCACCGCCCUUUGACCAACUACUACCAGUACAGCCUGGGUGUGCUCGCUCUCUGUGUGAGCGGCAUAAGGGUGAACAACCAUGUCAGCCACAAGCUCAUCAAAGCAGCAGAAAACGAACAAUUCAAACAUGGAGAAACAGAGAGUAUCGAUACCUAUGCUAUGGCUGGAAUGGCCCUCCAGUGUGUGAAGGACUCCGGGUCGUAUGCGCACAAUGCAGCAGAGCUGGACACGGCUCUCAACAAGAUCAAGCAGAAGCUUCUGGCCUCUCGUAGAUCUGACGGCCACAUCGGUAAUGAGUUCAGCACAGGCCUGGCAGUUCAGGCCUUACUGGCAAUGGGCAGUGAUGUUGGAGAGUGCUCUGCCUCAAUGGAGGCCAUGAGAACAGCAGCCAGAAGCAACGUGUACCACAACCCCAUGGCCAUUUCUCAGACCCUGCCAGCUCUCCAGAGAAAAACCUAUCUGUCGGUGAAAACCCAGAACUGCCUCAACGAGGAUGACACAUUGGUGCUGGAGCCCGUAACUCCUGUUGUGGUUUUGCCAAGUGAGACCAAAGUGAAUGUGAUGGUAGAGGUAGUGACGGCCAGCGGAGCGGCAGCUGCGUACUCUGUGGACGUGCCAAAGGGCAGCUCCCUGCUGGAAGCCCUCGAGCUGCUUGAGAGGAAGAAUGUUGGCUUCACGUUUCAGAAGGAAUCCAGUCUGUGGGGACCAUUCUUAAGCGCAGUAAACGGAGAGCAGGCCAGGCAAAGCGACCGCAGAUACUGGCACCUUUCUUCCGACGACACGGCUCUCACUGAGGGUAUUGGCGAUUUCAAGAUCAACGCGGCUCAAAGGAUCACCAUCAAAAACACAAGUUACUGAUAACGCAGCGCUUUGUUGCUGUAACUUACAAAUUCAUUACCUUCAAAAAAAAAUUCUAACACUAUUUUCGUCUGUGAUUCAAGGUAAUUUGUUUGCUGCUAAAGCUUAAGUGUGCAUGCAUAAUUAGCUUGCAUGGAACUAAUUUGGGACUACUUUAAUGGUUUUUGCUCAAAAGGUGUGUUUUUUUGCUACUUAAAUUGCAAAUGUUUCUUACAAUGAAUAUCUACAUUGUUUCAUAAAAGGGAUUUCAAAUCAUGGUUGUGCUCUAUAAAUAAAGGUGCUGUGAUGUUUUAAA